AUGGAGCUUAUGUGCCUCGAGUCGGAGCGAGCACCGAGAGCCCCACCUGACCCAAACAUCCUCUAUGAUGAAAGAGUAUUGCAAAGUUUAUUAACAAUUGAGGACAGGUUUCUACCGCAGAGCUCCUAUUUCCAGCGUGUCCAGAAGGAUAUUCAGCCCUAUAUGAGAAAAAUGGUUGCAGGCUGGAUGCACGAGGUGUGUGAAGAGGAGAAAAGUGCCGAAGAUGUCUUCCCUUUAGCCAUAAAUUAUUUGGACAGAUUUUUAGCAGUGAUGCCCACCAGAAAGUGUUAUUUGCAGCUUCUGGGAGCUGUGUGCAUGUUCUUGGCCUCUAAGUUAAAGGACAGUCGGCCACUAUCAGCAGAAAAGCUAUGCAUGUACACAGACAACUCCAUCACACCACGGGAACUGCUGGAAUGGGAACUGGUGGUGCUGGGGAAGUUGAAGUGGAACAUGGCCUCGGUCAUUCCCAAUGAUUUCAUAGAGCUCAUCAUACGUAGGCUGCCCAUCCCCAAAGACAAGCUGACUAUGGUCCGCAAGCACACACAGACAUUCAUUGCCCUCUGUGCCACAGAUGACCGCCUCGCCAUGAACCCUCCUUCCAUGAUUGCCACCGGCAGCGUGGGAGCAGCUGUCUGUGGUCUGCAGCUGGACCACACUGACCAGAUGCUGAGUCGAGACAACCUGACAGACCUGCUGGCCAAGAUCACCAACACAGAGGUGGAUUGUUUGAGGGCGUGCCAGGAGCAGAUAGAGCGCGUGCUGGCCAGCAGCUUGCAGCAGGGCCAGCAGCACAGGCAGGAGAGCGGGCUCAGAGCGGGCAACAAGGCCAUGGAGCAGCAGGACCAGUCCAGCACCCCCACAGAUGUACGCGAUGUCAACCUAUGAACUCCCGCUGGCCCCUGACCUGCCAGUCAUACCUGCCUACCACAGAGGAAAUGGAACAAAGGUCAACCAAUGAACUGCCAGUAUCUACGUCGUGUCACCCCAUGAGCUCCUGUGAUUUCGUGAUAUGUCCGUGUCGGCUCCCACAAAGGACGGCGUGACGGCCUGCGCGCUUCCAUCACCCAGUCGGCUGAGACGUCAAGUCAAACGAACUUUUAGACAUGACAAAAAGAUGAUAGUUUCCAGGUUUUCUCCUCUCUGCCCCUCUCACACUCAGUCGGUUGUGUUUUGACCUAUUGAAUGGGCCGCGUGGGUUCAAACCAAGCUAUUUAAAACAGCACGUUCUUGAAAACUUGAUAGUGCCUUAGUUUCCCAGAAUGGAAACCUGAAUACAUUUUCAUACUUGAAAAAAGAAAUAGCAUAAUUAUAUGAAAUACACAUAUUUCUUUUGAGAAAAUCUAGCAAAAAGAAAUGUACUAUGAUAAAUAAUGUCUACUUGGUUAUUAUUAUCUAGCUAGUAUUUAGAGUUGCAUUACCUUUAUUACUUUUAUCAUCCUUAGCAAGCAGUUAUCAAUUCCACAAUUAUAGGGUUUUCCUCAUCUGUGAUUCAUAUUCAUUUGCAAUGUGCAGGAAACUCAUGUAGUCGUAGUGUGAUUGAUAUACUGAUCAUACAUGGCAUUUAAAUUAAGCUGAUAAUCCAGCAUGAGAGGCACUCGCUAGCUGCUCUCUCCAUCUAUUAUACUGUGCACCUGUAGCACUGCUUACUAUUUAUGCUCAGACGUGCUGGUCAGGAGUGGGCUGGGCCCGCUCACAGAGAGGACGUGAGAGGACGUGGGCUGUCGGAGCAGUGGCUACUAUUGACUAAUACAGAGCACAAGGUCAGUUAAGGUCUUGAUUUCACUGCCAAGUCCACAGGACAAUAUGUACCUUUAUCUGAAUUCAACAAGACUACAUUUGACCGAUAGACUCUUGCAAUGACUGUUCUCUGUUCCUGGGGGUAGCUCCUGUAUUUUAUUUAGAAAGCAGUUAGGAGCAACGAGUAGUUAUUUUUGCAGGGGCUGCGAUUAUUUUAGUCUAGCUCGAGUCGCGCUGAUGUUAUGUUGGCUAUAACUAAAGAAAGGACAGGGGGCAUGUUGAAGGUCGUGGCCGUGGGCUGGACGAUGGAAAGAGGAAACGGAUGCAGGUUUGAAGCGCUUGUGAGGGAGAUUUGACAUUUGGAGAGAGAGAGAGAAAGAAAGCAUAUGGAAAGUAGAAAAAAAUGGGAGUUGUUGAUUGGUGAAAGUUGAGUUAAGCUAUAUAGUGUUUGAACAAGUCGCAUGAUACUUGAGUGGCACACAGGAGCCGCUGUACCUGGCUCCUGCCGGUAUACCUACUCGGAGUUGAUGUCCAGGGAACAGGGUGGGUAUACUGCCGAUUUGCCCAUCACUUUCUCCUGUAUCAAUUUUACCAUUUAUUUUUUAUUUUUUUAAAGCAGUCGUUUGGGGGGAUUGGAUCAAUAUAAAUGCACUUUUAAAACACACUCCUUAAGAAUAGAAAGGGGAUAGUGGUUGAGGAGCGUUAGGUGGGUUACUUGGGUCAUUUACUUUUUUUCAUUUUUUUUUUUUUUUUUUUCAGUUUUCUUUAAGUUAUUUGAUCUUUUCUGGGCUGGAUUCCCAUGGGGUGAUACAUGUUGUCUUGUCUAUCCCCCAACAGAUGAGUAGACAUAGGAUUUACCAUUUUAUAGUUGUGUUGAAAUAUGGAACCAAAUCAGUUGCAAUGCAAACUUAGCAAAGUCACAGACAUAGAUUUUUUUUUUUUUUUUUUUUGAUUCAGUGCAUCCAUUUAACCUUACUUGAAUUUUUAUUUUGCCUAAUACAUAGCCAAACUUUCUAAUUGUUCUCUUUUGAAAGAGUUACACACAUACUGUUUCCUAGAUAUUGUGUUAUGGUUCAUGUUUUGCUCUCUUAUGAAAAUUGUAAGUUUUUUUUUUUUUUUUUUUUUUUUUUUUAAAUACCGUUCUGGUCAUUUUCCAUCUUUAUAGACAUAGAAGGGGGUUUAUCUGGUGUAUCUGGUAAAGUUUGUUGACAGCAUAUACUGUAUUUAAACAAUUUUCCCAUGAGCAGAUAUUUUAGAAAUACUCAUUACAUUUUAGGAUGAAUGUAGUGUCUGAAUUCUAUCCAUGCAUGUUCUGUUGUGCAAAAAGCCAAAAAAUAUGUUUGUUCUCCAAAAAAAAAAAAAAAAAAAAAAAAAACUUGCUUUAAACAGAAAAAUGUUGCUUUUAAAGUUUUGUCAUUGUGAAUAAUUUGAAAGAUAAUUCCAAAGUGACAACAAUAGAUUGUUUUAUAUUAUAGACAUCUUUCUCUUGCUGCUACAAAGCUUUUUUUUUUCUUUUCUAGUCUUACACAAAGAUGACAUUGCCUUAUUGUGAUUCACUUGAGUGUGCUGCUAUAUUAUGAAAUGUUGUAUAUGUAACAGUCUUCUUGCUUUUCUGUUGUAUGUGUACUGGAUGGAACGGAGCAGGUUUCGGUGCGGGACUGGAAGCACUCGUGUUUGCAGAUCUUUUUUUUGAACAGCAUGUUUAUUCUCCUCAUGUGUACCUUGUAUACUAUCAUACUCUUGCUGCUUCCUCUAAUGUUUGUGUACCUCAGGUUAAUCGGACAGAUAGUGAGAUCCCAUCUUGCAUUACCUCAUCACAGCUUUUACGUUACAAAGUCUUUUUACUCUGAAUUUUGUUUUUGGACGGGUUACACUUUUCUGGGUGAGAGGAAGGACCGCGCCUGCUCUCCUUAAAGCAACAAAACUCAGCCACCAGACUCCACCAAGCAGUUGAAUAUCAUUAAUUUCCCAUAUCUGGUGCUAAAUCAGAACAGGCUUCACAGUCUAUACCAUAUGGAUCUGAAAGUCAAACAGCUGUUAUCUGGGUUGCUGUUUGUUUUUUCUCCCACUUGCAGUUGAAUUGGCAUGUUUGAAACCGGUUCAUCGGAUUCAGUUGAAUAUUGAUUUUGUGAGGUACCCAUUUUAAGUUUUAGCCACCAGGAUGUUCAUUUAUCAUUGUUCACUGUGUGGAAAAGAAAAAAGAAAAAGAUGUGGGACAACCAGCUUGCUACUCCACAUGUGCUUCCCACUGUCACACAAUGUACCUCAAAGGUGUCUGAUCCACAGUUUCUGCUCAAUAAAUUGGCUAAAAUCA